AUGAGCCAAACAUGAGUCAUGCAGCGUAAAGUUAAAUACCACUAACCUUCUCAAUUGCGCUAUAAAUACCAUGUAAGACGCGUUGUUGUAACUCAUCCUACAAGGCACAUCAGAAAACAAGUAAAGAUCAACCAGAGGCCUACAGAGAACCAAGCAAUUUGCAGUUGGUCAAAAAUUUAACAUGAAGAACCAGAUUCCAGGACAAGUUAUUGGAAUUCCGAUCAGCUCAACAGUAUAUCCAGCUGAGAUGUGUCAAGAAGGAAUUUUAUGUAUCGCUUGCAAUCAAUAUUAUGCAUCUCCAAAAUUUAGACAGAGCACGAUAGAGUUAAUGAAGGAUGGGAUAAACAAACUUGGUAUGAAAGUGGAGAAUUUUGCUCAAGGCAUCCGGGAUCAUGUGAAAAUUGGACCUAAGUUAAGUGAAACAGUGAAGGGAAAGUUAAGGUUGGGAGCUAAAAUUCUCCGAGUAGGGGGUGUCAGGAAAGUGUUCAAACAAAACUUCAGUGUCAGAUCAGGAGAAAAGCUAUUGAAGGCUUCACAAUGCUAUUUAUCCACAACUGCUGGUCCAAUAGCCGGAUUACUAUUUAUCUCAACCGAUAGAAUUGCAUUCUGCAGUGAAAGAUCAAUCAAGGUCUCUACUUCAACAGGGGAUUUAAUUCGGAUUCAUUACAAGGUUUCAGUUCCGUUGAACAAGAUAAAAAGAGCAAACGAAAGUGAAAAUGUCCAAGAUCCAUCAAGAAAGUAUAUAGAUAUAGUUACAGAGGAUGACUUUGAGUUUUGGUUCAUGGGAUUUCUUAACCAUCAGAGAACUUACAAGUUUCUUCAGCUAGCAGUGUAUGAAUCUCAAUGACCACGACACGAACGUUCAUUCUUCCCAUGUUACAUAUAUGUAUUUCGGUGUUAUGGCCAUGGGACUAGGCAGUAUGUUUAGGCAAUAUAUAUGUACCAAAUAUUCAUUUUUCUUAAUGAAAAUCCAUCACUGGUGCAUACUA